AUGUCUGGCAACGAUACCUAUCAAACGCCUCUGGCUUCGCGCUAUGCGAGUGCUGAAAUGAAAACCAUCUUCUCCGCGAGAACUCGAUCGAGUACUUGGCGACAACUUUGGGCAAAAGCCGAGAAGGAGCUUGGAAUUGAUAUCUCGGACGAGGCGAUCGCACAGAUGAAAGCGCAUAUUACAAUGACGGAUGAGGACUUCGUUGUUGCUGCCGUAGAGGAGAAGAGGCGCCGACACGACGUUAUGGCCCAUGUUCACGCGUUUGGUCUGGUCGCACCAGCUGCUGCUGGAAUCAUAGUGAGCAAUCUCAUAGACCAUUCGUAUCCUUAUUUCGCCAAAUUUGCCCGUCUCAAUGGGCCUUCAGAUCAUUAUGGAGCCACAUCGUGCUAUGUCACUGACAAUUCCGACCUCAUCUUCCUCCGCGACGGCCUUGACCUCAUCCUUCCCAAACUCGCCACGAUCAUUUUUAAACUCUCGCAGUUUGCAAUCGAGUACAAGGACAUGCCGACUCUAGGAUAUACACAUUACCAACCAGCCCAGCUUAUUACAGUGGGUCGUCGUGCCGCGCAAUGGAUUCAAGACCUGCUUAUGGUCUUGGAAGACAUCACCCGCGCUCGCUCGGAUCUUCGAUUUAGGGGGGCUCAAGGUACGACUGGAACUCAAGCCUCCUUUAUGGAAAUAUUCCAUGGGGAUGGUGACAAGGUCGACAAGCUCAACGACAUCCUCUGUGCCAAGGCUGGUUUCCCCACCUGCUAUUCGAUUUCCACCCAGACCUAUACCCGUCUCGUCGACUUGAGAGUAGUAAAUGCUCUGUCUGAAUUUGGUGAUGUUGUUCAAAGGAUCACGGGCGAUAUUCGACAUCUCGCCUCACAAAAAGAGAUGGAAGAGCCCUUCGAGAAAGAUCAGAUUGGAUCGUCAGCUAUGGGUCUCGGUCGCCACCUCUCCAAUCUCAACAAGAAUGCCUCUAAUACGUACUCUGCGCAAUGGUUUGAGAGGACUCUGGAUGACAGUGCGAUCCGAAGAAUCACCAUCCCUGAGGCAUUCCUGUCCGCUGAUGCUAUUUGCAUGACGCUAGACAAUGUCGUUGGCGGACUGGUCGUCUACCCAGCUAGAAUCCAUAGCAGGGUAAUGGAGGAGCUACCCUUCAUGGCCACAGAGAAUAUUAUUAUGAAGUUAGUUAGUUUGGGCAAGUCGAGACAAGAUGCUCAUGAAGAGAUCCGUGUCUUGAGUCACCAGGCUAGCGAUGUUGUCAAGAAGGAGGGCGGCAAAAACGACCUAAUCGAAAGAAUCAAGAAAACCCCCUUUUUCCAACCAAUCAUUGGUGAAGUUGACGCUAUGCUCGAGCCAAAGAACUUCAUCGGCAGAUGUCCCGAGCAAGUCUUACGAUUCUGCGGUAAAGGUAGCGAGGUUGAGAAGGCUUUGGAGCCGUAUAGGAAGCACAUUGCGGCCAGUAAGGAGGUUGAGUUGGCGGUUUAG